AUGCUAGGGAGCUCCAUUGGGCUCUUCGGUGGCUUCGUCCUAUCUCUAUCGUGGUUAUGGCACAUCUGCUUUCCUCAAAGAGAAAGAUCAGAAGCACUCAGAAAGCAACGCAUAAUCUACGCGACCUAUUUAAGCGCACCCACCGAUAACAAAGAUGACUUCGUCUCGGAAUUCCACAAUACCAGCGAUCCAUAUUUUGACGCGGCUCGAAUCCUCACAUACCAGCUCCUCCACGCGCCCGAGACACGGACCAGGUUGGGAAUUCCGUUUGUCGUCUUUGUUCAUCAAAAUGUCGAUCAAGGGAAGAGAAAUCGUUUGCAAUCCGACGGUGCCCAAGUAAUCGAGUGGUCCGAUUUCCGAGUCGACUGGUUUCGACCGGCAGAACCCCGAUGGGUCGAUGCCUUGACAAAAUUGCGGCUGUGGGAGAUGAUCGAGUACGACCUGAUAGUGUUCUUAGACGGGGAUUCCAUUCUGACGAGAUGUCUCGACGGGCUAGUCAGCGCCCCAUCAAAAUGGCUCAAAACAUCCACACAAACCUCAGUAUCCUUCAACGGGGUUGAAAUACCUCUGCCAGAGACUUACAUUGCUGCUGGAUUGCCGCAGCUAAGGAUGAAUCACUCAUCGCAUCCCUCGCGUGUCCCAGAGGACUUCUGGGACUGGGACACCUUGAAUGCAGGCUUUAUGAUCUUGCAGCCAUCACUCAAGAUGUUCCACUACUUCCAGGCGUUGCUUGCCGUCAGAAAUAGCUUUGAUACCAGCAUAGCCGACCAGAGUGUCUUGAACUUUGCCCUUGCUCGUGGUGGCCCUACUCCGUGGACUACGGUGGACUUCUCGCUGAACAUUCAAUGGCCAUGGCCGGAGGAUAUCAAGGCGGGCUAUGCUGUUCUUCACGAAAAGUGGUGGGCACCUGUGCAUUGGGAAUCUAGGGACUAUCUGCUCUCUUGGUAUUGGCGAAUGAUGGGCUACUAUUCUGCUUCAGGCCGAUGA